UGAUUCAGGUGUACAUUUUGCCUCUUUCGCCUCUCAAAUUAAGUGCAUUUCAAGGCAAGGAACCUUGCAAAACUGAUCAGCAAACCGCCAGUUUUUCGUCGCGGUUUUGUAAGCUGACGAAGUCUUUACAACAUUUACAUUCGUUAGUUGAUAACCGAUUUGGAAUCUACAUAGUGACGGGAUAUAGGAAACAAAUCUGCAAAGGUAUUCAAAAUGCUCGGGGACAAAGACGUUGUCAGCCUAGAUGAACUCGUAAAGCAGUACGUCAAUGGCCCCAACAUAGGCGAAGACAUUAAAAUGAAGCUGAAACAAAUCCCGAAGGAAGCACUGGAGGUGAAAAUCCUUUGGGACGACGUGACCUUUGAUCCGGAGGAGGCUAGUCUCCCCAAACUACCUAAAGAUAUCGCGCAAAAGAAUUCGGAUACCGAACCGACAUGCCGGGUUUUACAUACCUCAACGUUUACGAAUAAUACGUGUACGGAGCAGUUGUAUUCGUACAAGACGUCACGGAGGACGCAUUCGACUUGUCAGAAGUCGUACAGCGAGGGGUAUAAGCUUGGUCAGGAUAUUGGGGUGAAGUUAAAAGUGCCUGGUAACGUUUUGGAGUUGAAUAGCAGUAUUCGCCAUGAGCUUUCACUUAUGGAGAACGAGCGCCGCCUGGAGGAUGAACAGUUAACUUGGGAGGUGGAGAGUCAAAUCCGGGUACCCCCAAAACAUCGUACCACCGCCAAACUCACAAUCAGUGAGAAACAAUACGACAUCCAUUUCGAGAUUAAGUCAACUAUUAAAGGAACUGUCCGUGUUGUAUUUAAGAAUGUCACAACGAAUAAGAUUUCUUGGAGUGAUUUGAAUAUAGUUGAGGUUGUGACUGAUGCUAUUGACAGGAAAGUGUUGAAUGAGGAGCAGUUUCAGAUUGUGGGGGACGAGGUCAGGACUGGGUUCAAGGGGAUUUGUAAAUUUAGCCAAGGGGUUGGUGAUGUUACAUUGACUGAGACACCUUUACCAUCGGUUGAGGUAAAACAGCAAGGAACACAGUCAUAAAAGCACGAAUUAUGCGUCCUUGAUGAAUCGUGCUGGUGCAUCAUGGGGUAGCAUUGGCAAUUUAGCAAUAUCCCAUAACGGAUAUACAUGUACUGCCGGUGUAGUAGUAGAAACUGUCCCCUUGAAAAAGUGUCCGACCCAAUUGUAUUCUAACGGACUAUUCUAUAUGGUUCAAGAGAGGCCAGUCAUUCGUCCUCCUGGAGGAGAAAUCAUAGGAACAUUGUUUGAUGAUUUGCAUACUGUAGAGGCAAAUAGCAUUUUAUCAAAUCUUAAC